AUGCCGUACUCUCCCAAAGUAGGCGACUCGCUAGACUCGCUAGAUACGCCAUCAAUGAUUGUGGACUUGGACCUCAUGGAAGCCAACCUGGAUAAACUCAUGAAACAACUUCUCCCCACCGGCGUCAACAUCCGCCCACAUCUUAAGACCACGAAAUCUGCUAUUCUGGCGAAGAAGAUGGUCAAAGCGGGCGCAAAAGGAGGAUGCGUAGCGAAACUUUCCGAAGCAGAAGUCAUGUACGAAAAAGGCUUCACAGACCUGCUAAUCACCUGCGAGAUAAUCGGCCCAGCAAAAGUGGCGCGAUUAGUGGAACUAGUCAAGAAGUACAAGAACGUGCGGAUAGUCGUCGACAGCAUAGAAGGUGCCGGCGCAAUCGAGCAAGCACUUUCUGAAAGCGGCUUCGAAGGCACCGUCAUGACGCUCAUCGAUCUCGAUGUGGGAUUACACCGCACGGGUGUGCAACCUGGUCAGCCAGCCUCGGACCUAGCACGUUUCGUCGCCAGCUCAAAGCACCUCAAACUCAUUGGCGUGCAAGGGUACGAGGGACAUUUGCAACACAUCCACGGUCUCGAGGAGCGCAAGAGUCAAUGUCUGGAGAGCAUGAGGAUCCUUACCUCGACCGCGGAUGCGCUGAGGAAAGAAGGUUACGCGAUUGAUGUGGUGACGACUGGUGGGACGGGUACAGCGGAGUUCUGUGUCACGGUCCCUGGAAUCACAGAAGUACAGCCUGGCUCUUUUCUCUUCAUGGAUACGGAUUAUCGCAAUGCUGUUGGUUCGACAAACUAUGCGCAGAGUCUGACUAUCUUGUCGACGGUUCUCAGCAAGCAGGGCCCCAAUAUCAUUACCAUUGACGCGGGUCUCAAGUCGUUGACGACGGAUUCUGGGUUGGCGGAGUGCAAGACGCCGGGGUAUACGUAUGGGGUUCUGGGAGAUGAGCAUGGUAGUCUCGCUUGGGAGGAAGGCAAGGGUAAAGAGUUGAAGAUUGGCGAUAGGGUCGAGAUGGUGCCCAGUCAUAUUGACCCGACGGUGAACCUGCACAAUGUUUACUAUGCGUAUCGGAAUGGCAUCAUCGAGGAGAUUUGGCCUGUAGACAGUAGAGGGUGUGUGCAAUAG